CAGCCUUGCCUAAUCAUUGGCUAAUAGAAAGCCUUGGGAGAGAGAGGAGACUAGAAUGAGAGGUGGCUACACCGACAGCCGAAGGUGCAACUAAAAAGCGCUCACUCACCUUGCUGCUUCCUCGGGAUUCAAUCAGCAGCCCUGCGGACUCUGAUUCCAGUGCUCAGCCAUGAUCAGGCGAGGCUUCCAGGUGGCAGCAGGACUUGGGUCACACAGAGCCCUUCCUCGUGCCCCCCUCCUCCUGCCCAGAUUCAACCCUGCCUCAGCGUUCGGAUCCUCCACGGACUUCCUGGUCUCAAGGUUCUGUCGGCCAAAGGCAGAUCUGAAGGAUUAUGCCCUUCCCAAUGCCAGCUGGUGUCCGGAAAUGCUAAGCCUGUACCACGAAUUUCUGGAGAAGACCAAGACUGAUGACUGGGUCAAAGUGCCCUCCUUCAAGUCUAACAGACACCACAUCCGGGGGUUCAAGCUCCCAUUGGGAUUAGAGGUUACCUCAGACAAACAUGACCGGUGCAUUAUCACCAGGUGCAUUGAAGUGGAAGGACAAGGCUAUGAGUAUGUCAUCUUUUUCCAUCUGAGGGAGAAGAAGUCCGUCUGUCUUUUCCAACCAGGCCCCUAUCUGGAGGGGAUCCCAGGGUUUGCCCAUGGAGGGUCCCUGGCAACCAUGACGGAUGAGGCAUUUGCUAAAACUGCUUUCCUGGCCGGAGGGGGGCUGUUCACAUUAAACUUCAGUAUCAAGUACAAAAACCCUGUCCCAGUGGGCUCUCUGGCUGUGCUGAACAUCAAUGUGGAAAAGACUGAGGACCAGAAGAUAUACCUGUCCUGCAUCAUCCAGAGCAGAGACCAGCAGACAGUUUAUGCCAAAGCCUCAGGUGUUUUCCUCCAGAAGCAGCUGGAAGAAGAGUCACCCCAAUAAUAGCGACUGUGGCUGCAGGAGAGCCCACCACUGACUGCCCUGCCCACCUGGGACCCCCCGCAGGGCAGGAAGGGGUGCCCCGGAAGUACCUGGUGACAUGUGGAAGAGGGCACUUUUUUCUGCGUAAAUAAAGUCUGCAGCCCCA